AUCCAAAAUCAAAAACGAAAUCACAAGGCUGGUAAAGCUCUGCGUCUCAAAAUGAUAUUGACAUAGUAAAUUGCGUAAGGUAAGAGAGAGUCAAGGUCAACGAUGAAGCAAGAUGGUAUUUCGCUUGUGGAACAACAAUUUUUUACGAGGGUCCUUUCCUUCUUUUUUCUUCUUUUCAGCGCAAUUAUUGAAGGUCAUCGAUGCAGUAAGAAGGAGGUCCCUAUUGAGAUUGCCGGUGUUGUUAUUGAGGUUCAGACAGUUCUUUUGUUCUAAGAGGUCAACAGCAGCUGCCCUGGGCGUGGGCCUGACUAGUAGAGAACUUCUACGAGCUGCACCACGACCACGAGUAAACACCAACAUAUUCGCCCCUUCACCUCUUCUCUUCGGGUCGACGUUCCUCUUCUUGACCUUCGCGGCCUCUUUGGUAGCGCUACUCACAGCUGCAACUACCAAGGCAGAGCUUCACGUAGCCGCGCGGAGGACGACACCAUCACCAAUAGAAGAAAUGGUAGAGGCUGGAACAAGUAGAACUUCGUCUCAACAAAUGCAAAUCUCCGCUCCUACAAGACUUGUUACUACUCCGCAAAAACCGGCAAGGCGGAGGAAGGUGAUCCAGCGCACGGGUCGUGUUUUCGAAUACGAUGACGAAGAAAAAAGAUGGGUGCAGAUCGUUGAUGAAACGAGCACUACUAGAUGUAGAACAAAUGCAGACGCAGAUUCGAAUUCUACUACUACUUCCUCAUCAUCAGCCUCCUUUCCUUGUUCGCCCGAACAAGAAAAUCCGAUUUCUGAGAUGCGCGGAGAGUCAACAUCAAGAAUACCGUCAGCGUCGCCAGAACAAGAACCUUCUGGCGAGUUGCCACUGGCCCUGCCGUGGCGGCUGUUCACCGAAAAGCUGAUCGAGCCGAGAAGCGGGCGGGAAAUCGUGAUGCGGCAGGCGGACAUGCGGGCAGCCAAGGAUCAAGAGACCGGCGAUACGGGAGUGGUGGUGUGGGAUGCGGCGGCGGUGCUGGCGCAGCGGAUCUUAAGAAGUGUAGUGGAGACGGUGACCGAGGAUGUUGAGGGAAGAAGUGCUACUCCGGCCCCUGCGGGCGGUAGUACUAUCGACGCGAGUAGAGAUAUUAAGCAGGAAAGCGAAAGACGUGGAAACGGGCGCGACGGGACGAGAGGACGCAAUUCCGAAAAUUGGAUCGAAGGCCUGGCAUUCGCCGCUCCAAACAAACAGGAGGAAGAACUCGCACGGGAAAAUAACGAGAGAGUGCGACUUCUGCCGCGUCUAAGCGCAGAGGAAGUAGAAACAGCGCAAAAUAAAGCCUCAAACGCCGGGGACUGCGUCAUAAAGGGGAGCAGCACCACGUUCGAUCUCCGAUCUCUUCUGCAGAGCCGCCGCGUGCUGGAGCUGGGGGCGGGUACCGGGCUGCUUGGCAUCACCGCAGCCGUGUCAAGGUUGCCGCACAACGUGGUGUUGACGGAUCUAGAUUACUGCUUACCCAAUCUGCGGCACAAUCUGAGGCAGAACGCGGACGCCUUUGCGCUGAAUCACAAUGAAGAUCUUCACGUUACUAGUGGUGAAGUAGACACUGAGAAAGAUGAAAUAAAUCCAGACAGGGUCGUCGUGACGGGGGGUUUGGAAGCUUCUACUUCACAGCAGGAUAAAAAAGUAGUUCAUCGUGGUCCUCCAAAUUCUUAUGCACCACCUGCAUUGCAUUCUGUGCAAGCACAGAAAUUGGACUGGACCCGACUAGACAGCCUGACAAAACAAGAGCGGGAGAUUUUCGGGUCGCGGGACCUGCUGCUGGGCGCAGACAUUCUCUGGGUUGACGAGUUAGUGGAGCCGUUGGUGGACACGGUUCUGUGGUUCUUCGAAAAUUCAAACGUGCAGCUGUUUUUGCUCGCGCACCAAACGCGGAGCCGACAACUGGACCACCGGUUUCUGCGCGCGCUGCGAGACAGAGGGAAUGUUCUGGUACAGAGGACAUUGAUCGUUCACAACCAGCCAGAAAUCAAAUUUUGGGUGUUUGGAAAGGAGGAAAUAAAGUGCUGAGACGCGGAAUUAUAUUAAAGAGGACGGAAAUUGAAAUAAAACAAGUCGGAUGGUGGAUUCAAUCGAUCCUGUUGAUGAAUUUGAAUUCUAUAUCGCUUUGUUGAGACCUAGAGCUAGAUGGAGACGAGCUAACAUAUUUCCAGAAAACCCGAUUAUUUGACGUCAGCUAGUCCUGCU